UAAAGGAUGUAUGUACCCACCUCAGUUAGAUAGAUGAGAAAUACAUAUUAUAUAAUAUUAGUUUGUUUAGAUCUUUGAAUUUGCUGGGUGAGCACCAAGUAGACAGAUCAAGAUGGCUCGGGCAGGUGGAAUAACAAAUGCAGUGAACGUUGGGAUAGCGGUCCAAGCUGAUUGGGAAAACAGCGAGUUCAUCUCCCACAUUUCUCCCAAUGUUCGCCGCCUCUUCGAUUUCCUGGUCCAAUUCUAGGCUACAACGAAGAGCAAAUUGGCAUCACUGAAUGAGAAGCUUGACGUAUUGGAACGAAAGCUAGAACUUCUUGAAGUUCAAGUGGUGACUGCAUCAGCCAACCCUUCUCUUUUUGCACGUGAUGCUUAGCAGAUCAUGCCAUUCUUAUUAGAUUAUAAUAUACCGCUUUACUGUAAACAUCCUCUUGUCUAUAGUGUGGACGUGAACAUAUUUCUUGGUCUUGUAGCCCAGUUCAAAAGUAAUCUAUCCAUUAUUCUGCUUUAUGUUGA